UCGCUUCCCCGGAGGUCCCUCCCUGUUCCCGGCAGAGCCUCCUCCCGGUCCUCUUGCAGCUGCUCGGGUGGCCGCCGUUUUCGGGACACUGGAAGGAGGAUUGGUCCCAGGGUGUGGCCUAAAUUCAGAUGGUGCAGGGGGAGUGGUCUCCCGGUACCAGUAGUCCUACUGCACUAAUAGGAUAGUGGAUGUUCUUUUCUGGCAUGCUAAAUCUUUACCAUCCACUGUUUUUCUUACACGUACCUCACAUGCCAAUUCAGACUAACCAUGUCUACCUAAUACUCAACAACUACAUAUAUCUAAUAAUGGUCUACCUUAGAAAGCACCACUCUAGAUGGUGAUAGGCCUUCACGACUGGUGAAGAGAAAUGGAAAAGUUGGGACAAGGAAAGCAGGAAAGUGAAAUGGCAGUUUUAGAAAGAAGAGGCUGACAAGGAGGCACAGGAUACGUUUCCAAGCAGGGAGAGACCAGAGAUAAGACUUUUGCAUGUGACAGAAGUAGGCCACCGUAUCUGGGAAGUACAGUCUACAUUUGGAAACACGAAAGAGGGUAUAAACGUUCAAAGACCCACCCGGGGACCUGGAAGAUGGCCUUUUCCAUGGGUGCUGGAGCAGCAUCUUCCAGUGAAAAAUCAGCGACUGACUUUGUUAAAAGCUUUAACCGCCAAAUUCCCAUUAAUCACAGUGACUUCACAAUUUUAGAAAGUCAGGAGAGUCGGCUGUACGCAGUACUGCUGGCUAAGUUUGGCUGUCUCUCCACCCUGAUUGCUCCAGCCCUGCAAGGGAACAGCCAGCCUCUGGCUCAGGAAGUCUUCAGAAAAAGGCUGAUCCCUGGACUAGAAUUGUCUGUCUGGAAGGAUGACCUCACCAGACAUGCUGUUGAUGCUGUGGUGAAUGCAGCCAAUGAAUUCCUUGUACAUGGGGGCGGCCUGGCCGGGGCCCUGGUGAGAGCUGGUGGCCAUGAAAUCCAAGUGGAGAGCACAGCAACUGUGGCCGCCCGUGGUAGAAUACCGUCCGGUGAGAUAGCCAUCACUGGAGCAGGACGGCUUCCCUGCAACCUGAUUAUCCAUGCUGUUGGGCCUCAGUGGCAGGCAACGGACCCACAGGGAUGUAUCCAUAAACUGAAAUGUGCUAUUUUCAACAUUUUGCACUUUGUGAGCUAUGAAAAGAGCAUUAAGACAGUUGCAAUUCCAGCCCUGAGCUCUGGAAUUUUCCAGUUUCCUCUGGAUUUGUGUACAGAGACUAUUUUAGAAACUAUUGCGUGUUAUCUUCAUGAGAACCAAAUGGUUGGUAAUUUGAAAGAAAUUCACCUGGUAAGCAACGAGGACCCUACUGUGGCUUCCUUUAAAACUGCUUCAGAAGCCUUCCUAGGGAAGAAUGAGCUGGGUGCCUGGAUGAGUCAAGAAACCACUCCUCCUGUCAAUAUUCUAACAGUCCAGGGCCUGACUCUGCAGAUCGUCCUGGGCCGCAUUGAACAGCAGAUGACAGAGGUGAUUGUUAAUUCUGUAAACCCUUACGACCUAAGAGGUGGACCUUUGUCAACGUCAAUUCUACAAAAAGCAGGAAACGAACUAGAAUGGGAACUUACUGAACAACUAGGUAAACCGACUUCGGAUUCCCAAUCUGUACUGGUCACGAAAGGAUUUGAAUUGUCCUGUCAAAAUGUAUUCCAUAUACUGUGGGAUCCAAAAUACCGACAUUUGACAUUGAAAAAAGCAGUAAACGAAUGCUUGGAAAAAUGCCUUGAGUUAAAUAUAACUUCCAUUUCCUUUCCUGCCCUUGGGACUGGAAACAUUGGUAUGCCGAAGAAUACAGUGGCAGAGAUUAUGUUUGCUGAAGUUUUAAAGUUUGCCAAAGACCAUUCAAAAAAAAAACUAACUGUGAAGUUUGUGAUCUUUCCAGGGGAUCUGGGGACAUAUACGGCUUUUAGUGCUGAAAUGGCAAAGAAUUCCAAGAUGCUGAGUCUCAACAAUCACAGUGUCUCCCACCAGUGCCCCAGAGAAGAACAAAGAGAAAAUGGACUUAAAAAUGAAUGCCCUAGAAUCGAUCUUAGGGGACUCAACCUGGAAGAGAAUUACGAGGCUGAGGCAUGGAUCCGAAAGAUACUGACCUCCCAGGACCAGCACGUCAUUGAAAAUAAUCACAUUCUGUACCUUGGGAAAAAAGAGCAUGAUUUUUUGUCUGAUCUUCAAACAACCUCAAGUGUGUCCAUCUCAGAAGUUAUCAGUGUGGAAAAGGCAAAGUUGGAGAUUAAAGGAGCCCAGGAUGCCUGCAUCGAGGUGGUUCUGAACAUUGAACAUAUGCUGUGUGACGUUCAGGAGGAAAUCGCAAGAAAAAAGGAGCAAAGCCUUAGGAGUUUCUCAGGACAAAGGACUGACCAGCAAGGAAAACCCCAAGAUGAAAUGAAAGAAGUAGGGAUUCUGUUUCUGCGAUUCCAAGCAAUUGUAACACAAGAACUUCAGGAUCAAAGGAAACAGUUUGAAAAAUACGGCUUGCAGGUGAUAAAGGUGGAAGAGAUAGACAACAAGGUUCUUAUGCAUGCCUUCCAGAGAAAGAAGAAAAUGAUGGAAGAGAGAACGCACAGGGAGCCUGUGAGCCACAGGCUGUUUCAGCAAGUCCCUCGUCAGUUCUGCAAUGUGGUUUGCAGAGUCGGCUUUCAGAGACUGUACUCUGUGCCCUGCGACCCAAAAUAUGGAGCUGGAAUAUACUUCACCAGGAACCUCAAAAAGCUAGCAGACAAGGCCAAGAAAACCUCUGCCACCGAUAAGCUGAUCUAUGUGUUUGAGGCUGAAGUACUUGUAGGCUCCUUCUGCCAGGGUCAUCCAUUACAUAUUGUCCCUCCACCACUGAGUCCAGGAGCCAUAGGUGCUUAUGACAGUGUGGUUGACAAUAUGUCCAGCCCUGAAACCUUUGUUAUUUUUAGUAGCACACAGGCUAUGCCUCAGUAUUUGUGGACGUGCACCCAGGAUCCUGUAUGGUCAAAGGAGUAUUCAUCAGAACCAGGAGCAUUUAACAGCAGCCUUUUGAAAUUCCCAGGAGGCAGUUCUGUUGACUAAUCCUGAUAUCAUUUGGUCUUGCUGUGGGGAAAACAACUAAGUCAUAAUCACCAAUGACUCAAACAGUGGUUUGAAUACAGCAGAUAGGUUGUCUGUUUAGAUUAGCUGGGUUAUUGGAAGGACCAGCCAUUUGUAGGAUCUUAGUGCCUUCACCUUUGUCUUUAUUUCUUGGGUCUAGGGUGGACAGACACCAACAGACUGUUCCUUUUCCUUGUCAUUAUUCUUUCAUCUCUUUUACUAUAUGUAACAGCAAAAAUUUUACAUGUAAUGAAAUUUUUCCAGAAUAUAAUCCACAUCAUUUAUUUUCUAAAAUUAUGAUGAUAUAUAAUAUUAUGACAGCAGAAUGUGUUUUAGAUUUUCUAGAGAAUUUUAUAAAGUGCUUUAAAUAUCAAAAUAAAUUACCUUUGAGUACCUGG